UCAGUUGCCGUGGCACCACUAAGCAUUUCAUCAGCAUACAGUACAGUAUUUCUGCCAUCUUUGUUUGCAUUGCAGUGACUCAUCAAAAGUCUGUCUUGUACCAACACUGAGAGCAUUCCUCUGGCACUGAUAUUUCUCUGUUUUUAAAGCUUGGGUUUGAAACUGGCAUUUACUUCAGGUCCCUAAUCAAAGGGCUCUAUUCAUUGCAGAGAGCAGCCUGAAUGUUAAUCUGCAUCCGGCCUAUUCAUUUAGAUGCUGUGCGCUGCCGGGGAGAUUUGACUUGGAAAAAGCUUGAGCUACAGCAGAUACAAACCCCAGGCUUUGAUACUAUAGAUUUUAUUAUUUUUUUUUUAACCCUCCCCUGAGCCAUCCUGGUCGCUGCCUAUAGAGGGGUGGCCGAGGCGAUGCGAGGCAGGGGCACACGGAGCCCCUGGGCCGGUGGCUGCUGCUGAAGAUGUGCCCUACUUUGGAUAUUCCUGCAUUGAAUGUCUGAGGAGCUCCAGCCGAUCCUGAGCCAUGUCGCAGAUGUUGCACAUAGAGAUUCCCAACUUUGGGAACACUGUUCUGGGCUGCCUGAACGAGCAGCGGCUGCUGGGGCUGUACUGUGAUGUCUCCAUCGUGGUGAAGGGCCAAGCCUUCAAGGCUCACCGGGCGGUCCUGGCCGCCAGCAGCCUCUACUUCCGAGACUUGUUCAGUGGGAACAGCAAAAAUGCCUUUGAGCUGCCGGGUACCGUCCCCCCAGCUUGCUUCCAACAGAUCCUCUCCUUCUGCUACACCGGGAAGCUGACCAUGGCAGCGAGUGAGCAGCUGGUGGUGAUGUACACGGCAGGCUUCCUGCAGAUCCAGCACAUCGUGGAGAAAGGGACGGACUUGAUGUUCAAGGUCAGCUCUCCCCACUGUGACUCUCAGACCACCAUGAUCGAGGAUCCCAGCUCGGAGCCGCAGAGUCCCUGCAACCAGCUGCAGUCGGCCUCGGCACCCUACGUCAUGUCCCCCUCCAUGCCCAUCCCGCUCCUCACACGCGUCAAACAUGAGAACCUCGAGCUGCAGGCAGCUGCCCUGCCCGGCCUGCCCGGCAAGCGGCCCCUGGAGCCUGGCGCCCGGGAGGGGACGGGCGGCGGCGGCCCCAACGCCGCUCCCCUGAAGCUUUCCCGUGUCUCCUACUAUGGGAUGCCCAACCUGGCCACCCUCAUCCCCAAUGUCCAGCAGGUCCAGUACUCACAGGGGGAGCGGACGAGCCCUGGAGCCAGCAGCAUUCCCACCACUGACAGCCCCACCUCCUACCACAACGAGGAGGAUGAGGAGGACGACGAGGCCUACGACACCAUGGUGGAGGAGCAGUACGGGCAGAUGUACAUCAAGUCCUCAGGAGGCUACUCUGUUGCUCAAGAGAAGCCAGAGCAGAUCCCCCUGGAGAACCGCUCCUGCGUCCUCAUCCGACGGGAUCUGGUUGCUCUCCCAGCCAGUCUUAUCAGUCAAAUUGGAUACCGUUGCCACCCAAAACUCUACUCAGAGGGAGAUCCUGGAGAAAAACUUGAGCUUGUUGCAGGCUCAGGGGUUUACAUCACCCGGGGGCAGCUGAUGAAUUGCCACUUAUGUGCCGGUGUCAAACACAAGGUCCUCCUGAGACGCCUCCUGGCCACCUUCUUUGAUCGGAACACGCUUGCCAACAGCUGUGGAACUGGAAUCCGGUCCUCGACGAGCGACCCCAGCAGGAAGCCUCUGGACAGCAGGGUUCUUAAUGCGGUCAAAUUGUAUUGUCAGAAUUUUGCCCCGAGCUUUAAGGAAAGCGAGAUGAAUGUUAUAGCAGCCGAUAUGUGCACCAACGCCCGCCGGGUCCGCAAGCGCUGGCUGCCGAAGAUUAAAUCCAUGCUGCCAGAAGGGAUGGAGAUGUACCGCACGGUCAUGGGCUCCACCACAAACAGUGUCCCCCUGGAUCCUGAAUUCCAGCCCAACACUGCUCAGGUCUUUGAGCAGCGAAUCUAUGCAGAAAGGAGGAGCGAUUCGGGAACUAUAGUAGCCUUGAGAACUAACACAGUGAACGUAGAGCUGAGCAAUGGAUCCAACCAGUCCUUCGAACAGAGCGAGGAUGCUGAAGGGGCUGGCUCCGUGAUACAGGAGGCAGCUGCCACAGAUGCUCUGGCAUCAGAUACCCAAAGCACUCCACAACCUUUUGAACAAGGUUCAGGCUCCUCCAGCCGGCCCGAAACUCCCGUGAGAAGACAAGAUGGUACUUUUGGAGGGACUUUAUAAGAGAGAGCAAAGCCUUGCGUUGACCUAUAAGGGAUCUGUAAUACUAAAAAGCUGCUUGCAUGCGUUACUAAUAACGAAACGAAACAAAAAAAAAACAAAAAAAGAAAACAAAAAAAAAUUCAUCAUAAUUAAUAAUGUGAUCAAGCCACUUACCUACUGAACUGCUACUGUUGCCUGAGAAAAAUGUGAUUUUUAUUCUGCUUGUAUUUAAAAUUGAUGAAGGAAAGAAAUAAUCGCAUUCGUUAUACUGUAAACCGUUAGGGUCCCUGGCGACCUACUUAAAAAAACAAACAAAACCAACAAAAUAUUGGGCUCCUUUUUUGAUAUUCCUGAGGUUAGUCUAUAAGAUUGUAGCUUU